AUUUUUGAGCUAGACGCGUAUUGAAACACACACACGUAGUCGUCGUGUCUAUACUUUUUGAACCCCACAGCCGGAAGCGGAGGGAUAACAGCCCUUCCGUCCACUGCCCCAUCGCAGCAGAUGAGUUUUGUUCGACUGCAUAACUUGAAACCUUCCUUUGUCUUCCAUCCCACUUACGCGUCUAAAAGCUGAACUGCGGAGGGGGGCGUUGUUGAUUUCUCAGCUGAAAGUCCAAUUACAAACAAAUAUGCGGUGAAUAAAAAACCGUCGGAUUCAGAUACAAGGAACACUUGCUCUCUCUUUAUCAUCUUUUCCUACUCUACCAUUCUACAACAACCAUGGAGCUCUACCACAUUGGCAAACACUGCGCAACCUGCGACCAAUUGGAUUAUCUUCCCUUCACUUGUCGCCUUUGCACCAAAUCAUAUUGCCGUGAUCACCGAGACUUUUCUCAUCACAUAUCAUCUUGCUCUGGUUUGAGCGACGCAAAGGCCGUUGUAUGUCCCCUCUGUUUGCAUCCAGUCCCGGGUGCAUCGCCCUCGAAUCCACAAGUAGCAAACGCUGCUGUCGAUCGACAUAUUGAAUCCGGAUGUCCUUCACCAGAAGCUGAGGCAAAGCGAAGGAAAUUGGCCAAUCGGUGUGCAGUGAAAGGAUGUAAAAAGCGGGAAGUGGUGCCCUUCAAGUGCUCUACUUGUGAAGAGCAAGUGUGUAUAGGACAUAGACUGCCGGUAGAUCAUGGUUGCCGAGGAAAGGCCGGCGUGGCCCAACCAGCUGGAAGAAGAAGGACAGCAGUGAAGGGAUAAGCGGGUUAGAGGGAAAUGAGUGAUUGUACAUCUACAUAAACUAUAAUUAUAUUAGUAUAUCUAUCAGCCGAUAUGGUGGUCAACAGGUUAUCUUGUGCUGCUUAAAG